UAAUGCACUGAAAUUGUUUUUGGCGCCAUAUAAUUGUAUUCUUUUUUGCGUUUUCGCAUUCGUGGCCGAAAGAAAAACAAACGUAAAAGGAAUAAAACAAAUAAACAGCUGUUAUUGGCAGAACCGGGACAUAAAUGUUUUAUUCACUAAUAAUGUAAUAUAUGUUUUUGUGUAAUUUUGUGUAAAUCGUUUAGUUUUUUAAAUUAAAUAUAAGUGAAAGUUAUUGUCAUUAGUAAAAUGAAAAUAACAGAUACUUUGCGUCGAUUCGAUGCCUAUCCACGUAUGCUUGAUGAUUUUAGUGUGAGAACUGUAAGUGGUGCAGCAGUGACAAUAAUAAGCACAAGUAUAAUAGCCAUUCUAAUAUGCUUUGAGGUUCUGGCUUACAUGCGGCCAACCUUAACAGAGGAUCUUUUUGUUGACACAACUAGAGGACAUAAGCUUCGUAUUAAUAUAGAUGUCACAAUCCAUCAUGUCGCAUGCAAUUGGCUAUCCUUGGAUGCAAUGGAUUCUUCUGGAGAUCAGCAUUUACGCAUUGACCACAACGUAUUCAAACAUCGUUUAGAUUUGAAUGGAAAUCCAUUGAAGGAAACUGAACCAAUUAAGGAAAUUGUUGCAGUGUCACCUUCCAAUAACAAUAACACAUGUGGGAGUUGCUAUGGAGCUGAACAUAAUAGCACUCAUUGUUGUACUACAUGUGAGGAUGUAUUGGACGCUUACCGUUUUAAAAAGUGGAACGCUCAAUUAGAUAAAAUUGAUCAAUGUAAAAUUCAGAAUAAACGCUCCUAUGAAAAUGCUUUCAAGGAAGGAUGUCGUGUUCAAGGAAAUUUAGAAGUAAAUAGAAUGGCUGGAAGUUUUCAUAUUGCACCGGGAAACAGUUUUUCAAUACGACAAUUUCAUAUACACGAAUUUCAAAACCCUGAUGUUAAAUUGGAUCACACAAUUAAUCAUUUAUCGUUUGGCGAUAAAAUAGAAUUUGCAAAAACGCAUCCACUCGACGGGCUACGCUCUCAGACAGAUUCAGAAGGCAAAGGACAAAUGUUUAAUUACUAUUUGAAAAUAGUGCCAACAAUGUAUGUAAAACGCAAUGAAGCGCCAGUACACACCAACCAAUUUUCAGUUACUCGGCAUCAAAAAGAUCUUCCUGAUAAACAACACGGGAUGCCAGGUGUUUUCUUUACUUAUGAGCUCUCUCCUCUAAUGGUAAAAUAUGAAGAGAAACAAAGCUCAUUUGGUCAUUUUGCCACGAACUGUUGCUCAAUAAUUGGUGGAGUAUUUACGGUUGCCGGAAUUGUAGCAGUGUUCCUUAAUAAUUCUUGGGAAGCUAUACAACGUAAACUCGAAAUUGGAAAACUAAGUUAACAUUUAAUUUUGAACCAUAUUGCUUAAGUUAUAACAUGUAAUAAUAGUUGACAAAUAUUGUAC